GCCGACGAGUCGUCAAUGUCGCCUUGCGUGACUUGACACGAUUUGCCCUGCGUCCCUCCCUGCCUCCGUCCAUCCGCUCGCUGGUCUGUGCAUUCCUCGGACGCGGAGACGUGGAAGCUCAGAGCCGAGGGUCGCUCUUUGAUCUUGUAUCCAUACCAUACUCAGCAUCAGCAGCAUACCAAAGCCAUCUUCACGGCAAGCUCAAGCCAAGAGGACUUACUUCUAAGCCUUGUGCAGGCUUACCCCGAGGCCCAGUAGAGGGAAAAGGAAGGCAUAGCGCAGCAGGUAGAGCCAAAGCAGGUAAAGAUGGACGAGCUGCUUAAAAUUCCACCCAUCACCCGCUCCCUCGUCGGUCUCGUCCUUCUCGUCUCCGUGGGUCCCAUUCUCCAACUAGCAAACCCUUACACCUUUCUCCUCUGGUGGCCAGCAAUAUUGAAGAAACAGCAGGUAUGGCGGUUGAUUACUUGUUUCUUUUUGACGGGUGGGGGCAAUAUGCAGAUCAUCUUUGAUGUGUUUAUGCUUGGACGGAACACGAUGGAGCUCGAGUUGAAUCACUUUCAUCGGUCUACGGCCGAUUUCACUUGGGCACUCAUGGUCAUCGGAUCCCUCAUCAUCGCAACCAACUACCCGCUAGGAUCAACGGUCCUCUUCAAGCCGAUGCUGAUGGCAAUCAAUUACCUGUGGGCCCGAUCCAAUGCAGGAGCUACCGUGUCCCUAUUUGGAGUGGUCAGCUGCCCAGCCUCUCUGCUACCCUACGCCUACCUUGUCUUCGAUCUAAUCCUCGGCGGUCUCCCCCUCUUCAUCCACUCCUCCACCGGUCUCCUCGCAGCCUACCUCUACCACCAACUUCGGCACGACCUCCCCUCCAACGGUGGUCCUCGACUCAUCCCCACUCCAGCUUGGCUGCAGAGGGCUCUCCCUCCCUCGGUGGAUCCACAGUGGUGCUUCAGGUGGUAUAAGCUGGUCCUCCUACCUCCCCUCGUUCCUCCAAGACGGCAACGCAAGAAAUAGCAGUAGCAGUAGCAGCAGUGGAGCUACCUCCAGGGGUGCAAGCAGCGCAGAAUCCGCCGAGCAGGCACGGAAGCGCUCUGCCCUCCUCGAAGCAACCGAGAAGC